CACUCCCCCGUCCUACAACCAGCUCGGACCACACCGCCGCAGACCUGGCAACCCGGGGGGCCGGCAUGUGGGGCAACACUCCACCGCACGGGGGGCAAAGGGAGCAACUACCUGGCUUUCAUGGCAGAGUUGUUCACGUCGUUUGAAGUGGACAAGCCUUCUUUCGUCAAGCCAAGAAUUCUGGACGGUGAAGGCACCGUGACUCCAUCCUCCUUACUGAAGAACAUUCCAGCGGUCCCCAUCUCCAAGGCAACCAAGAGAAGCUUCAUGGACAGAUCUCCAAGUCCUGAGAGACCAAGCUUACCCCUCCGCCCACAACCUCGCAACACAGGUGAAAUCAGGAGGUCCACCUCCAUGUCCUUCGUGGACGGCAACGUUGGAACCUGGCCUAAAGAGAAGAGGUCCGGGCCUUACGGAGUGUCCUUCGACAUCCCCUUCGACAAAAGCGACCCGGCACCGGCCUCCGAGCCACCCCCCCGCGGCAUGGUGCGGUCGGCCAGCACCGACGACGGCGCGGGCUUCAAGGUCCACCACAUGCCCCGCGGGAUGAAGCGCAACCUGUCCUUCCAGCCCGUCCACGGCCAGAACCUGGGCAUCGAGGAGGAGGAGGGCUGCCCGGAGAGCCUGGCCGCCCGGGAGGCCGAGGUCCGUCCCACCACGGGCCGGGCCUACCCCAACGGGCACGGCGACGCGGCCUCCCUCCCGUCCGGCGGCGGCCCUUCCAUGGAGGACGCCCUGCGGAUGAUCAGCCCCGGCCGGCCCGCCACCGAGGGCACCAACAGCGGCUUCUUCCUGCACGGCCCCGCGGGCCUGGGGGCCCCGCUGGACCCCGUGUCCGAGUCGGAGUUCAAGGGGCCCCCGAGCUCGUCGGACGACGACACGGAGAUGGACACGGGCGUCCAGGUGCGCACGGAGGACGCGCUGGACGAGGACUCGUCGCUGAGGGACUGCUCGGUGAACCUGGAGCUGGAGCUGGACACGCCCAGCCCCAGCGGCAGCGCCGGCUACGGCCGCUCGCCCUCCGCCGCCGUGAGGAUGACCAGCUUCGCCGAGCAGAAGCAGAAGAAGCUCCAGCCCUCGGCGCCCGACUCGGGGCGGGGCAGCAGCAGCUCGCUCAAGACCACGCCGGAGGGCUCGGAGCUGGGGCUGCCGCUGUCCGUCACCUGGGGCCCCAGCCCCAAGCACAGCCCCGUCCGCAAGCACAGCCCCCCCCCGCCCCCGGCCGCCAAGGCGCCGCCGGCGGUCCCGCUGCGGGUGGCGCCCGUGGACCCCGCCCAGGCCAUGGCCACGGAGAUGGUGGAGCUCCGCAUGCGGCUGGAGGAGAAGCGGAAGGCCAUCGAGGCGCAGAAGAAGAAGGUGGAGGCGGCGUUCACGCGGCACCGCCAGCGGACGGGCCGCUCGGCGUUCCUCGACGUGGUGAAGAGGCGGGGCGACGGCGCCGCCGAGGAGGGCGGGAAGGCGGAGGACGGGGGCAAGGCGGAGGGCCCGAGCCCCGCCCUCCGCGCGGGGGGGAGGAGCGUGGCGGACACGCCGGACGGCGCCGAGCAAGGCGGCAGGGAAGAGGGCGGCGGGCCGCCGGUCGCGGGCCAGCCGACGGAGGUGGACCUGACGGAGUACACGCGCUCCAUCGACAAGCUCAACCACUCGCUGGGCUUCCUGCAGACGGAGAUGCAGCGGUUGGCCCAGCAGCAGGAGGUGAUCAUGGCCAUGAGGGAGCAGAAGCACCAGCAAUCGUGGCUGAUCCCCGCGCCGCACGCAAACCCCGCCCAGCAGAACCCCGGUCGGGUCGGCGGGGCCGGGACCAGAUCCUCCGGACCCUCCUCUCCGGUCGACUCCCCCCGCGUCGCCCACCGAUCCCCCACCAGCAUCAGACGCAAAUCGGCCUCUUUCCAUUCCCGUAACCCCCGCACCCCCCGCCCCAGCGAGCUGAAGCUAGCCCCCUACAACCGGGUCCUCGCCGCACCCCAGUCCGUGGACAGCAUCCCCCGCCUGCGGAGGUUCUCUCCCUGCCAGCCCCUGGCCCACUCCUUUGUGUACAUGGGGGAGAACCCAGCGAGGGCCAACCCAGAGACGGACCCUCAAGACGGGGACGGGAACGAGGAGGACCCCUUGCUCUCCCUGGAAAGCGAGGGGCCACACACCACCACCUCCUCCUCCGCCAAAGUCGCCCGUAAACUCGGCAACGUCAAACAGUGGGAGGUCGACGCGAACAUGGAGGUCUCCGGGAUGCCGGCAUGGGACCAAGAGACGGACGCGGCCCUGAAGCCCACGGUGGACACGUCCGUCUCCGAGGUCCUGUCCCAUCCGGUGCUGGAGUCCUUCACGGUGACGCCCACGGAGAGCCCGCCCCAGCUCGGUCAGGCCAAGGGCAGCCUCGUGGAGGUGCCCCUGCUGACAGAGACAGAGGGAGAGGCUCUGGAGGAGAGGGACGAGGGCGGGGCCGGCCUGGACGACGAUCAGACCGCGUGCCGGGGGUUCUUCUUCAAGGAGGAGAGCAAGGGUGAGGACAACAUGGCCCAGAAGAGAGCGGCGCUGCUGGAGAAGAGGAUGAGGAGGGAGAAGGAGAGCCAGAUGAAGAAGGUGCAGCAGGAGGCGGAUCUGGAGCAGAAGAAGGAGGAGGCUCGGCUGAAGGCGGAGGAGGAGCGGCUGCGGAAGGAGGAGGACAAGGCCCGCAAGGAGUUCAUCAAGCAGGAGCACCUGAGGAGGAAGCAGCUCAAGCUCAUGGAGGACAUGGACCAGGUCAUCAAGCCACGCCCCUCCAGCCUGGGCCGCCAGCGCCGCAGCCGGCCCAAGUCCAUCCACCGAGAGAGCCAUGACUCGCCCAGAACCCCCGUCAGGGCCGCAGUGUCCAGCCUGUCCCUGGCGUCCCUCUCCCUGGGAGACGCAGACAGCAGCCAGCCGGACAAGAGAGGCCCCAGAAGCGCUAGCUUAGCCUCUGGCAGCCUCUUGCACUUUCUGAGCUCUCCUAAGCGCCGGAGGAGAAGGCCUGACUCGGCAGAUGGCUUCCUCUCUCCAAGUCGAUCGAACAGCAGGAACGGGGAGAAGGACUGGGAGAACGCCUCCACCACCUCCUCCGUCACCUCCUUCACUGAGUACACCGGGCCGAAGCUGUACAAGGAGCCUAGCUCCAAGUCCAACAAGCACAUCAUCCAGAACGCCCUGGCCCACUGCUGCCUGGCCGGCAAGGUCAACGAGGGCCAGAAGAACAAGAUACUGGAGCAAAUGGAGAAGUGCGAGGCCAACAGCUUCCUGGUCCUGUUCCGGGACGCGGGCUGCCAGUUCCGCUCGCUCUACACCUACUGCCCCGACACCGACGACAUCACCAAGCUGACGGGCAUCGGGCCCAAGAGCAUCAACCGCAAGAUGAUCGAGGGGCUCUUCAAGUACAACUCGGACAAGAAGCAGUUCAGCCAGAUCCCGGCCAAGACCAUGUCCGCCAGCGUGGACGCCCUCACCAUCCACGGCCACCUCUGGCAGACCAAGAAACCCCCCACGCCCAAGAAAGUGGUACCUCCCGCUAAGUCCUAAUGGACACUCUGAAGGACUGAGCUAAAGAGUGAUGCGUCUGCGCUGGAUCGAGACCCCCUGGAGGUAUGCGGUGGGUAGGGGUACAGCGGUCGGUACUCGUGUUUGUAAUGAGCCGUGAUUCUGGGUGUUAAGGACUUUCAAAUGGAUUUCUACCCAUGAAGAAUUCGGUGACAUCUGCUGAUCUUUAAUAAUUAAAAGACAAUGUUUUCAUGUUGACAUCUAAUACUGGUGAACCUCCUCCAAAUGACUGACCAUAAAAUAAUAAAUAACCGAAAAAUGUAGAAGGAUAAACAAGGCAUUCAAUGGCCAUGUUUGAUACGGUGGUUACAUUUUUUGGAGAGCUGCAUUAUGGGUCGUUGGAGGUGCAUUACGGUCCACGCAGGUGAGUUAGACUCACCGUGUUCCUCCAGGGAUAUUCCACACAGAAGUAUAAAUCAGCCUUGAAGCUAGACACAACGCAACCACGCCCUCCUCAGACAGAACCUGAUCUUCGUUUCAAUUUGCACUUCACGCUACAUCUCCAUGACGAUUCCAACACCUGCAAAGGCCAGUUUGUUGAGCGGUAUUAUGUUUUGUGCUUUUGACUUUAAUCAAUCCUGUUACAUUCCUUUCGUUUUGUUUUAGGUUUUUUUUUUAAACAAAGUUCCAGAGUAGAAGGAACAGGACUCAGAAUAACUGGAAUGUAUUAUGGCACUAUUUAAAAAACGUCAUGUAAAUGUUGAGCACUAAUAUGUGUUUGUAGAAGUGGUUUAAUUUGAGUCAAUCGUUUUGACUGUGUAACUUGCCAUUUUUAGGUUUUUGCUUAUUCUUCCUCAGAUGUGCCAAAAGUUAACAAACUUACAGCUAGAGACCGUUUGAAUGAUCAGCAGUUUCCUUUGAUAAUAUAAAGCACUGAAUGUUUUUUUUACAUCCAUGUACAUACAACUUUUUGUUCAUGUAAAUCUGUUUAUUUGUGGCCUCAUUUUUGUUUUAGUUUUUAUUAAGGAUUAUGUCAGUGCAAAGAGUUGAACGUUAUGAGACAUAUGCCAUACACUACCAUACACAAGACGUUUUGUACAUAUGAAGAAAAAAAAAAUCCCACUUUUAUACGUGGGUAAAACACUUUCUAUAGUUAAGGUACUUAAAACAACAAGGGCCAAAAAGAUAUGAUAGCAUACAGCUAGUAGUGUCAGCCACACAGUAUGUGUGAGUGUCCUCAAAUCAGAGCGGUUUAAGCUUUCUAUAAACUCCUACUUAAGUCACUCAACAGACCGUGGUUUCUAAUUUCAGAAAACGUGGUUCUCGACCUGGCAAAGUCGAACGGGAUUCAUUUUAGAAAAAGAAAGACGUUUUUAUAAUGAAUUUAUUCAUAUUCCAAUAUUCCUCUGUCGUGUUUGUAAUCUUGUUACAUUAACUGACUUUUUUAAAUAUGGGCAAAUUAAUAUUUUACCGCCUCAACAUACAGCUGCAUGAAUAAAAAAAGGGAACAAGCAUUUGCAUGUUUACCGUUACACGGAAUUCUGGGUGGUGAUCUCUCAGGGGUUAUGGGAGCUCCAAUUUUAAGAGUUUUAAGCAGCUGAUGCUUUGCAGAGUUGUCAAUCUCCUAAAACAGUUAGCGGUGAUGCAAAUUUCUUGUUUCAGAUGCUAUACCAACUGCACACCUUAGAAGGAUUAGGGAAUGUUUAAGAUAACCUGCGUUCCUGUCCUGGCUUAUUGGUGUCACCUACAGCAUUCCUAGUCAGCAAAUCUGGAAUUAAAAUAACAGAAAUUGAAUCAGCUAUUUGUAUUCAUUGCUGUAGUAUUAUUCAUUACAGUAUUAAGCAACAACAGUUUAAAAAUUGAAAGCACUUUUAAAAUGAUGAUUAAUUCAACUUGAAAAGUCCCAAUUCUCAAGAUGCAUUAAUAUGGGGUGCUUUACAUUUUUCACAAGAAGCCAUGGUAUAAAUUAUUUGAAUCACUUUAUGGAUCAUUGUAAAGAUAAUUUAAACUAGAUCCUCUAUUAACAUCGAAGGUUUCAUGGUAGCUUCACGGAAACAAAAGCCACUGUUUACAUAUUGAAAGUAUUUGGAAACUUUUAAGAUAUCUUGACCUAUGUUUGUCUUUUUUAAAUUAUUCUAUUUUAUCUUGUCUUGUUUAUCAAACAUUCUCCUUAAAGCUUAUUUGGUGGUGAAUGUUCUAUCGAAAAAAUCCUACAAUGGAGAAUAUUCAAAAUUAUAACCCAAACAAGGUUACACGAAUAGUGUCCAAGGUAACACUAUUGGAAACUGACCCAAAUAACACAAAAUGAUAUGUAAAAAGUUUUAAAAAAGUACAUAUUUUCUAAUUGAAUGAGCUUGCUCAAAAUAUUGAAGGGCCAAAUAAGGCUCGGUAUUCGAUGCAGUUUGAGGUUUUUUACUCUUUUAUCUAUAUGACGCUCCUGACAAAAAAAAAAAGGCUAAAUCAUUUAAGAUUCAAAUUUCUAUGUAUGUCCUAUUACUGCUUUUUCUUAAUAAAUCCAUUACUGAGGGAAUGUUAAUUUUCAGAAUGAAAUUGUAUUAAGAAUGACUUUGUGCUGUUUUUCCGUAAGCAUUUAGAAUACACGUGUUUGUUGGAUGCUGUAGGCCUACUUACUGCUGGAAAAAUGGUUUGCUUUUGCUUUUCUCCUUUUCCAUUAAACUAAGCAUGACCUCAGUCA